ACAGAGGAGAGAGCGCGUGCACGUCAGAACCAACGGAAUAAACCGCUGCGUGAAAGUGACCGAGCGUGGAUAUAAACACGAGCUGCUGUUUUGUAAUGAAAGACAAUCAGAUUUAAAGUUUGUAAGUUCACGUAGAUCAUUAGAGAGAGACAGAGACAAUGGAGGAAAACCUGCCUGAAGAUCUGGCGAAUCUGUCCGAGCUGGACGAGAAAUGUUUGCUGGAGGUUUUGACUGGACGUUUCACACAGAACCUCAUCUAUACGUAUAUAGGGGACAUCUUGGUGGCUAUCAAUCCAUUUAAAUAUCUUUCCAUCUAUGAAAAAGAGGUAUCCCAGCGUUAUAAGUGCCAUGAGAAGAAGUCUUUACCCCCUCAUAUAUUUGCUGUGGCGGACCGAGCAUAUCAGUCUAUGCUGGGACGUCUGGCUAUGGGACCUAAGAAUCAAUGCAUCGUCAUCAGCGGUGAGAGCGGCGCGGGUAAAACGGAGAGCACCAAACUGCUGCUGAGACACAUCAUGGAGCUCUGCAAGGCCAACUCACAGCUGGAGCAGCAGAUCCUGCAGGUGAAUCCGCUUCUGGAGGCUUUUGGGAAUGCUCAGACGGUCAUGAAUGACAACAGCAGUCGCUUCGGGAAGUACAUCCAGCUCCGUUUCCAGAACUCCUCAGUCAAAGGAGCUAAAAUCAAUGAAUACCUGCUGGAGAAAUCUCGCGUGGUCCACCAGGACCAGGGGGAGCAGAACUUCCACAUUUUCUACCUCAUGUUGGCUGGAAUUUCAUCGGAGGAUAAGGAGAUUUAUGGCCUUCUGGACCCGACGCUGUACCGGUAUUUGAAUGGCAGGUUUGGGCAAGAUGACGUAGUGCAGACGUGGCGUGUGAAAUAUGCAGAGGUGUGUAACGCCAUGGACAUGGUAGGAUUUGAAGAGCAGGAGAAAGUGGACAUGAUGACCAUCCUCGCUGGCAUUCUGUCUCUGGGAAACAUCACGUUCGAGACGACAGACAGUGAUGCUCUGAAAGUGUCUGAAGCGUCACGUGGAUGGCUGAAAGCUACUGCUGGUCAGUUUGGCGUCCAGGAAGAAGACCUGCUGAAGAGUCUGACCUGCACCACAUCAAUGACUCGAGGAGAAGCCAUUCAGAGACUCCACAACCAGCAGCAGGCCGAGGAUGCUAGAGACUCCAUCGCUAAAGUGGCCUACGGUCGAGUGUUUGGGUGGAUCGUCAGUAAAAUCAACGAACAGCUCGCUCCAAAAGUAGACUUUGACGUGGAACUUAACGAAAUAGGAAUCCUCGACAUCUUUGGUUUUGAAAACUUUGCUGUGAACAGAUUUGAGCAGCUCUGCAUUAAUCUGGCUAAUGAACAGCUCCAGUAUUUCUUCAACCACCACAUUUUUCUGAUGGAGCAGAAAGAAUAUAAAGAGGAAGGAAUCACGUGGGAGACCAUAACCUACAAGGACAACAAACCCAUACUGGACCUGUUCCUUACGAAGCCUAUUGGGAUUCUCUCACUGCUGGAUGAACAAAGUGCCUUUCCUCAGGCCACUGAUCGAGAUUUUGUUGACAAGUUGAACAGCAAGUUUAAAGCGGCUUCAAACUUCGAAGUGGUGCGAAAUCACACUCCUCUGUUCACCGUUGUGCACUACGCUGGGAAGGUGCAAUAUAAUGCGAGUGGUUUCCUGGAGAAAAACAGAGACACGAUUCCAGCCAGCAUUCGCGAGCUCUUCAUCAACAGCGUCACUCCUCUCCUCAGCGUUUUAUUUGCAGCCACAAUCUCCAGAACAGGCACUCUAAUGCCAAGGAAAGCCAAGUUGCAGGUUUCAGAUGACAACUUUAACUCCACCAGGAAGCAGUCUGUUGGUGCACAGUUCAAGCAUUCUCUGGCGGUUCUGAUGGAGAAGAUGUUCGCUGCCAGUCCACACUUCGUCCGCUGCAUCAAACCCAACCGCAGCAAGCAGCCCGAUCAGCUGGACAGUAAACUGGUCCUGGAUCAGCUGCGGUACAAUGGACUGAUGGAAACCAUCCGGAUCCGCCGGGAUGGCUUCUCGUGGCGUCCGACAUUUAGGGAGUUUGCUGAGAGGUACAACAUUCUGCUGCUAAAACCGGAUCUGCCCACAGACAAGAGCAGUUGUAUGUCAAUCCUCAACAGCACAGAACUGUCAGGGUGGAAGUGCGGAUCAUCGCGGUUGUUUUUUAAGCUCUGCCACCAGGAGGAGUUGGCCAAUUUGCUGGACAGACUGGGCAGAGCGGCACUCGUCAUUCAGAAGAAUUUCCGAGCCCGGAUCUGCCGCAGGAAGUAUCUGUGUCUGCUGGCGGAGCUGCGGCGUCAGCGUCAGGCUCAGCGGGAGCGCGAGGAGCGUGAGGAGGAGGAGAGGAGACGCCAGGAAGAGGAGAAGAGACGGCAGCAGCAGGAGGCUGAGAGAAAGAGGCGUCUGGAAGUGGAGCAAGAGAACCUGAGACCAGCGUCUCCACCGGUGCCUUUGCCCAGGAAGAAGAAGCCGGAGCCCAGGCCUCGCUCUGUGCUCAGCAGCAUCAGUAAAACAGCAAGCGUGGCUCCAGUACCACGGCCCCGCAGCAAGCUUUUAGAGGCGACUCCAUUUGACAACGAUCUGAACGAGAACUUCCACCUGGACGCAUCUCUAAUGCUUCAGCCGAUCGAUGAAGAGCGCAUUAAAGAGAAACACCUGAAGAAGAGCAACACCAUCCGCUGGUUCAGAGAGACGCAGGUGCGCAAGCUGACCCGGGACGGCUCUUUCCCACACUGGUUUCACGGCAUGAUCACACGGAGGCAAGCAGAAGAUCUUCUCAUCGACAAACCUCUGGGCUGCUUCUUGGUGCGAGUCGGUCAGAGUCGUGAGGGUUUCACUCUGACAUUCAGAGGUGCCGAUCGCUGUCGUCACUACAUGGUGGAGAUGCAGAGCAAUGGGAAGUAUGUGAUCCUGGGUGAGGAUCGCGCUCAUUCGUCUCUCACAGACCUAGUCCAGUACCACACUCAGGUGGGCAUCAAGCCCUUCAUGGAGCUGCUGACGGUGCCAUGUGGACAGAUGUGCGAUCAGGAGCCGGACUAUGAGGAGCUCAGGGCAUUUUCCUCUGCGGUGGAGAGCGUUGACGGUCCUGCUGAAGAUAUGGACACGGAUGCUGGGUCAAAUAAAGUGCACUUGCAGAUGCAGAGACUGUUCCUGCCGCCAGGAGGAAACUCAAAACAUGAGCACCACCGUGCUCCAGUGCUGAAGCGCAUCUCUGAUCGCCGCAGACGAAUGGAGGCAGCGCAGGCAGAGCGCAAGGAUGAGGAUCUGACCAAUCAGAGCAGGCCUUUCCCUCGACUUUACCCGUCCAUACGGCUGGCCAUGAGGGAGAUCCAGCAGAUUCAAGAGCAGAGCCAAGAACAGAUCCAGAUUCCCUCCGGCAAAGACCUGAGCUCCUGGAAGAGGACGGAUUCAUGACUCUGGAGAAUGAAACUACAGACGUGUCGAUGCUGCUAUCCCUGGUUUUAUUAUUUACUUCAUGAUCAUGUGAAAUGUUGAAGCGUUUGUAACUUAAUUUUUCUGUCAGUUGUAAUUUUACGUGUUUUUAUUUAAUGUAAACUUGCUGUUUUAGGUGAUUUAAUAAACAGUUGUGUUUCAUAA